GGAGAGCUGGUAAGGAAGCUGAAGGAAGAGAAAGCUCCCCAGGUGGAUGUAGACAAAGCUGUAGCAGAGCUCAAAGCUCGGAAGAGGGUCCUAGAAGCAAAGGAGCUGGCCUUACAGCCCAAAGAUGACAUCGUGGACAGAGUUAAAAUGGAAGACACCCUGAAAAGGAGGUUUUUCUAUGAUCAAGCCUUUUCUAUUUAUGGAGGUGUCAGUGGUCUGUAUGACUUUGGGCCUGUUGGGUGUGCUUUGAAGAACAACAUCAUUCAGGCAUGGAGACAGCACUUUAUUCAGGAAGAGCAAAUCCUGGAGAUUGACUGUACUAUGCUCACGCCAGAGCCAGUUCUGAAGACUUCCGGCCAUGUAGACAAGUUUGCUGACUUCAUGGUGAAAGAUGUGAAGAAUGGGGAAUGUUUUCGUGCUGAUCAUCUCUUAAAAGCUCACCUGAAAAAGCUUAUGUCUGACAAGAAGUGCACAGCAGAAAAAAAGGCAGAAAUGGAAAAUGUUCUAACGCAGUUGGACAAUUACGGCCAGCAAGAACUUGCAGAUCUGUUUGUGAACUACAACGUGAAAUCACCCAUCACUGGGAAUGACUUGUCCCCUCCUGUUUCUUUCAAUCUGAUGUUCAAGACCUCCAUUGGGCCUGGAGGAAACAUGCCUGGCUAUCUGAGGCCAGAAACUGCGCAGGGAAUAUUCCUCAACUUCAAACGCCUUCUGGAGUUUAACCAAGGCAAACUGCCUUUUGCUGCUGCCCAGAUUGGAAAUUCCUUCAGAAAUGAAAUCUCACCCCGCUCCGGCCUUAUCAGAGUGAGGGAAUUCACCAUGGCAGAAAUUGAGCACUUUGUGGAUCCCAGUGAGAAAAAUCACCCCAAGUUUCAGAAUGUGGCAGAUCUCAACAUCCUCCUGUACUCUUCCAAGGCGCAGGUCAGCGGGCAGUCUGCCCAUGUAAUGCGGCUGGGAGAUGCUGUCCAACAGGGUGUCAUCAAUAACUCCAUUCUCGGUUACUACAUUGGCAGAAUCUACCUCUUCCUUACAAAGGUCGGUGUAUCCCCAGGGAAGCUGCGCUUCCGACAGCACAUGGAGAAUGAGAUGGCUCAUUAUGCCUGUGACUGCUGGGAUGCAGAGUCCAAAACAUCGUAUGGUUGGAUUGAGAUCGUUGGCUGUGCUGAUCGUUCCUGCUAUGACCUCUCCUGCCAUGCCCGUGCCACCAAAGUUCCUCUUAUAGCUGAGAAGCCUCUCAAAGAACCUAGAACAGUCAACAUUGUUCAGUUUGAGGCAAAUAAGGGAGCCAUUGGCAAAGCUUAUAAGAAGGAUGCAAAGGUGGUGAUGGAAUACCUUUCCAUAUGUGAUGAGUGUUACAUCACCGAGAUGGAGCAGCUGCUCAAUGAGAAAGGGUGAGCUGAC